CUCCUCUCCCCGUCUUACACUCUCACUCAGUCGAGCGAGCGUGCAGGAGGCAGCAGGCAGCUGCUGAGGAGCGAGCUGGGAGGCAACUCCAGCUUACUCUCCAGCAAAUUGUGCCUCCUGUACAAUGGAAACUAAACGGGCAAGUAGCAGAAGGGAUGGAGGGCAGAGCUGCCGGGCAGGUCAGCAGGGGUCAUGAGGGUGUCGGAGGCCCUGGUUGCUGUUCAGAGCAGCUGAAGCAGAGAUGGGCAAAGACGUCUUGGAUGGCAUCGGUAGGCUCAGCCUCAUCGACUUCACUAGCCACAUCCUCCUACGCCACAACCACCACUGGCUAUCUGAAAAGUUCUCUGUAUUUGCCGGCAUUUACCAGUAAGACUUUGAAAUGAGAAUGUCCGAUACCGUUGACACUGAAACGAUGAAGGUUUCCGAGGUUGCCGAACCAGCGACGUCUCCCAAAGACGGCACCGCAACGUCUGAGGUUUCGGACCCGAGCCAGAGCGGCAGAGAUGAGCACAGCAGUAACAACAAGAGUAACGUACAGCCUGUGAAGUACUCAAAGUCCAACACCAGGCUAAAGCUUGUGCGGAGCCUGGCAGUAUGUGAAGAGUCCUGUCCCUGCCCUAUUCCCGAGCCUCCAGCAGCAUCUAAGGAUGGAUUUCUUCUGCAGCCAUUUGAAAAGGAGGAACAAGCCACGCAAGACAAAGCUGAAAAAGAGGACAGCUGCAACAAGGAGAAACCUGAGAAAACACAGAGAAAAAUGCUGUCAAGAGAUUCAAGCCAGGACUACACAGAUUCAACUGGUAUAGAUCUCCACGAGUUCCUGGUGAACACACUGAAGGGCAACCCCAGGGAUCGGAUCAUGCUAUUGAAGUUGGAGCAGGACAUCUUGGACUUCAUCAGCAAUAACGAAAGCCAAAAGAGAAAGUUCCCACCCAUGACGUCCUACCAUCGGAUGCUGCUACACCGAGUGGCAGCCUACUUUGGCAUGGACCACAAUGUGGACCCUAGUGGAAAGUCAGUGGUGAUCAACAAAACCACCAACACUCGAAUACCCGAUCAGAAAUUCUCAGAGCACAUCAAGGAUGACAGGGCGGAUGAUUUUCAGAAACGCUACAUUCUCAAACGAGACAACUCUAGCUUUGAUCGCGAAGACAGCUCGAUUCGUAUGCGUUUGAAAGCUGACAAGAGGAGCAAAUCGAUGGAGGAGAGGGAGGAGGAGUACCAGCGAGCCAGAGAAAGGAUAUUUGCACACGAUGAAGAUCACUUCAUACUAGAUAGAAGUGCUCAGGAUGAAGACGCAUGCAUGAGCACCCAACAGAGGCGGCAAAUGUUCAGGUUACGGGCCGGUCGGUCAGGUGCCAGCCGGCAGAGCAGCUCAGAGACGGAGACGCUGCCGCGGCACGGGGAGCCUCGGCCGUGGAGCAGCACUGACAGCUCGGACAGCUCCAACCGGCUCGCCCCGCGGCCCGCCAUCACCAAGGCGAGCAGCUUCAGCGGGAUUUCCCCCGGCCUCAUCCGAGGGGACAGCACGGCCAGCAGCAAGAGCACCGGGAGGCUCUCCAAAACAGGUUCAGAAUCGUGUAGUAGCGUCGGUUCUUCAUCCAGCUCGCUCUCCCGUCCCCAGCUGCCUCUCCCAGUCUCCGCCUCGUCUCGGUCCAGCAUCCCCAGCGCGCCCCUAAUCCACGCGGCUGACACCAGAAUCGCUGGACACCCCGAGAUGAUCAAGAGCAUCCUUCCACAGCCGCCGCCCGCUGCGGAUGCGACAAACUAUUAUGUGGUGCCACUGGAAGCCUCAGGGAUCCCACCUGGCAGUGUUCUGGUCAACCCACACACAGGCAAGCCUUUCAUCCAUCCUGAUGGCAGCGCUGUAGUUUAUAACCCAGCCAGCAUCGUCCCGUCUGCUGGCAGGAACCCACAGCAGGGGAAAGCCCCACAGCAGCCAGUCUCUGGCACAAGCCAGCAGCUAACAACCAAUCAUCUCCACUCCCAGCCGAUCUGUCCUCCUCUCCAGCCGUCAUCUGAGCCUGUCCACAACCCGACGGUCUCCUAUCCUCUUCCUCCUCCUCUUCCUCCUUCUCAGUUCCUGCCCGUCUGUCCUAACCAACAGUACACUGUGCCUGACGCCCUCAAUGCCCAGUUUAGCCACAUGACCCUGACGCAGCAGCCUCCCAGUGAGAGCGGAGCUUCAGCUUCAGAUGCCCGCCACUAUCCAGCGGUAUACCACCACCACCACCACCCUUCGCCUGUGAUGCUGCAGGGAGCUCCUCCGCAGCAGCUGGCUGGCUAUGUAAUGGCAGGCCCAUCAGGAGGGCACCCUGGGGUUCUGCAGGGCCAAACCGUCUCUCUCCCCACCCCUGGCCAAAACACUGCGUAUCCCAGCUCCACCCCAGGCCCUGCUGCUUUUCCUGGCUCCGCGCUGAACCAGCCACUGCUCCAGCAGCACACGUACAUCCAGCAGCCGGUCCAGCAGAUGUCCACGUGUUACUGCUCUUCAGGCCACCACCCACACUGCUCGAGCCAGCAGCAGCAAUACCGGGCUCCAGUCAGUGCGCUGCCCUACAACUGCCCUCCGAACCAAAACCUGCCCCAGCAACAAGUGCACCAAGCCGUGAUGCCAAACCCAGCGUCCAGCUACCAGACCGUAGUGGGCGUGCAGCCAACACCCAACCUCACUCUCCCUGGCAACCAGCAAAGCAAUAUGGGCAACCAGAUGCAAGGCAUGAUGGUCCAGUACCCUCCAAUGCAGUCUUAUCAGCAGGUUUCUGUGCCACAGCAGACAUACCAGCAGCCUGUGUUUGUGUCCUGCCAGCCAGGACAGGGGGCAGUGGCUGUCGCUGGCAUGCAGCCCUGCUACAGCCUGCUCCCCCCUAACCAGCACACAACCAUGAGUUCGACAGUGAGUUUUCUGCCCACCCCCAUGAUGGAGCAGCUCCAGUUUCCUCAGACUCCGUCCCCCUGUGUCUCCCAGCAGCACCCAGGCCAGCAGUUUGCAGGGCUGUUGCCACCGGCCCCUGGCAGUGGCAUGGUGAUGCUGCAAAUGGCGGCUCCCCCCUGCCAGCAGCCCCGGGCCCCCUCCCCGUGCCAGCGAAAGCAGCCCAGCCACAAACACCCGGGCCCCGAACACCAGCGUAGCCACAGGCCCGCGGAGCUCACUGUGCCUGUAGACAGCAUCCAGAGCAGCCUGCCCUCGUCCCCGGCCCUCACUCCCUCUCCAGGACAGCCGCCCACCGUCAAGGGCCUUCCAUCAGGCAUCCCACCCAUCCCUGUCAUGGCCCACCACCACCACCACCACCACCACCACCCGCAGGUCCCUGCAUCCUUCUGCCACAAUGGACAAGGUGAAGCACACUACUCUCUCCUGGGCCAACCUCUGCAGUACAAACCCUCAAUCAGACCUCCGCUGAUCCACACUGCCCACAUGGUGGCUAAACACCAGGGUCCACUGGGGGUUUGGCGAGGCGGUCAUGGGAGGAAGGCCACCAGAAAAUCUCUGUCUUCAGAUCUCAGUGUAGGUGAAGCAGUGAGCAAUCAGGCCCGGGAAGUGACAGAUCCUCCGGAGGGGAUCAGCUGUACAGACUCCCACCACCUCCUGGCAGAGCUCCGCAAAGGGGGCCAAUUGAUCCGGCGGCUGUCCGACAGCCGGCCCCGGCUGCGCAGCGCGACCAGCGGCGCCCCCGGCGGAGCCCGGGCCUCAUCCUACUCCAUCUUCGCCAUGCUCCCCUCCAGAUUCGCCGCCCCGAGCGCCGUGCUCUACCACAGUAGCCCCCAGGCCACAUUUAAACUCCGAACCAGUACCAGACACAAAGGGGAGCUGUGCGGCUCGGACAGGGUCGGCUCAUAGCUGCUCAGAGCCCGGCGCGUCCGAGGAGGGCCACGUGAACACACACCCAACCACCUGCCUCUGCUGCCUCCGUCUGGACCGUCUCCCAGACUCUGUCCAAAUCAAAUACAACAUUGCGUUUUGGAGGAGUGAAUGUUCACCUCUGUUUGUUUUAGUUUGAUACUCCCUUUAUUAUUUUGCCAACGGGUCCGAGCACCACCUACCAGUUUGGUUUGGUUUGGUUUUGUUUGAAAUGCGUUUGUGGCUGCUGAGUUCAAAUCAACCCCCCUCCCUAAAGAAACCUAGCUUGCUGUUCAAAAGCGGUGUUCAGAGAGUUUGGGGAUUUUCUGCAAAGAUAAGACUCUAGUGUCUCCACUGUGGUUAUUUUAAUAGCAGGUGUAUGAGUGCGAGCGCCACAACAAAAACACACAUAAUCUACUCGUUUCUAGUUCAAGAAUGUUUUCGUGCCUACUGUUGAACAAUUUGACAAUAUCAUAGCAUUUAAAUUCAUAUCCGAGUAAGUGUUUUAUUGAACUGUGAUCAAUAACUCUGUCAAGUUGACUCAUGAGUCCGAGCGACGUUCGUGUCACCUUAGGAACACGCACCCACACAUGACGAACACUGAAUAGUCGAUAUACUACCUGAAUUAUUUAAAGUCACUUUUAUACACCGUGAAUGUUGCAUUUGCACUGAAGUGAUGAACAUGAUGGGGAUGUGAGUGGUAUUGGACAGGGCCUGGAUUUUUCUUUUAACCCUUCAUACCUGAUUGUUGCACUCAGCCAGGCCACUUUCUUUUAUAUUUAAUUAAAAUGUUUAUAUGCACAAGAAUAAUGCAAUCUGGUUUGUCACUCUGUCUGGCUCCCUUCGUUCGUUUGCGUGUGCGUCACGAGGUGUCUGGUGGGGUACUUUCUUUUUUUUAUCAUUUGUUUUGUUUGACUUUAAUAAAUGUUUGCACCACC